AUGUCCCAAAACCAACCGACAGAGCUGCCUCUCACCCAAAUACCAACUGCACGGUCAACUUCCUCGCAGCAGCACCUCCCUCCUCCUCAUCCUUCUCUUUCGCACUCCUCCGCGCGCCGGUCGCACUUCUCAAGACACGAUGAAGCUUUGCCCGAAGAACAGCCCCCGAAACCCGCUGGGAGGAGGCGCCGGGACGAUGGCGUCAAUCCGAACCCCCAGGAUGGAGAGAAGGACACACAUGUGAAUGACAUGGGCAGGCUCUACGAGAAGAUACUCACAUAUGGAACCGGAACGCGCUACUCGAUCUACAUCAUCCCGGUCGCUGUCGUGCUGAUGAUUCCGAUCAUUGUCGGAGCUACACAGGUGAAGGGCAACCCAAAAAAAGAUCCCAAGAUUGGAGGCAUCCGUGUGGUUUGGUUCUUCACUUGGCUCGAGGGUGUCUGGCUGAGUUUCUGGGCCAUGAAACUCGUGGCCAGGCUCAUCCCGAAGAUAUUUGCCUACUUUGCCGGUGUUGUCAGUCAGGAAACAAAAAAAUACGCUAGAGUUUUGGAGAAUCUGGAGCUCAUGAUUACCUUUUUAGGGUGGGUAAUUAUCUCAUUUGUGCUCUACGAGGUGUUGUUUAGCACGUCGGCGGCUGGAAAUACGCCCUAUGCUUGGACGACUAAGUUCAAGGAGGUUCUUGCCGCUAUUCUUGUCUCGACCAUUAUUUUCGCCAUCGAAAAGACAUUUGUCCAGUUGGUCGGUGUUAAUUAUCACGCUCGGUCAUUCAACAAUCGAAUUGCCGAGUCGAAACGGAGUGUGCACCUUCUUGGGCUUCUCUUCGAUGCCUCUCGUACCCUGUUCCCCAUGUAUGGAAAGGAAUUCUUUCAAGAGGACUACAUCAUCCAUAGCAGCAUUGAAGCCUUUGUCAAGAAAGGGUGGAUGGGGCAAGGAGAUCCAAGUAAACCACCGGACCAACCAAAAACUCAUGGACGCCUAUACAGGGGUAUUGGCCGAUUGGGUAACAAGGUCAAUUCCGUUUUUGGGAACAUCUCUGCGGAGCUUACAGGGAAAACUGCUCUGCACCCAAAAUCAGCACAUUCAAUUGUCGUUCAAUGCCUUGAAAGGAAGCGAGCGGCGACAGCUCUGGCCCAGAGGUUGUGGUAUUCAUUCGUCACGGAAGGUAAUGAUGCAAUGCAUCUGAGCGACCUUCUAGAGGUUCUUGGCCCGGACAGGCGAGAGGAGGCAGAGGAGUGCAUUCAGAUGCUUGAUCCUGACGAGAACGGUGAUGUAAGUUUGGAUGAAAUAACAAUGAAAGUGUUAGAGCUUUCGAAGGACCGAAAAGCCAUUGCCAAGAGCAUGCAUGACGUUAGCCAGGCGAUCAGAGCUCUUGACAAUGUACUGUCCGCUGUUGCCCUCCUCCUAUCUUUCUUCGCAUUGAUCUGUUUCUUGGAUACUGGUUUUCAUAGCAUCCUUUCUACUGCCAGUUCAACAUUAAUCUCGCUCUCCUUCAUAUUCUCUGUCACAGCACAGGAAUUUCUCGGCUCCUGCAUAUUCUUGUUCGUGAAGCACCCGUACGAUAUUGGGGAUCGAGUGGAUAUAUACGGUCCAGAUGGGAUCAAUCGCUUGGAGGUUGAGCAGAUAUCGCUUCUGUAUACCGCAUUCAAGAGAAUUACUGAUCUGGAAGUAAUCCAGGUCCCUAAUAAUAUUCUCAACACGCUUUGGAUCAACAACAUUACUCGUAGCAAAGGCAUGCUGGAACGAAUUGAUGUCUAUAUCUCUUUUGACACAUCUUUCGAGGAUAUUGAGACUUUGCGCCAAGAGAUGGAGAACUUCGUCAAUGAUGAGGAUAACAAGAGAGACUUCCAACCCCAGAUCGUCCUUCGAUGCCUGGGGGUAGGCACUAUGGACAAACUCCAGCUUCAACUGGAAGUCCGACACAAGUCAAACUGGUCUCUUGAAAAUAUACGCGCAACUCGACACUCUAAACUAAUGUGCGCACUUGUUUUGGCUUUGCGCAAGAUCCCAAUCUUUUCUCCAGGUGGUGGGGGUACUCCUCUUGGUGACCCAAGCAAUCCUAGCUAUAGCGUGGCUGUCUCUGACCAAGACGCUAUAACUGCACGAGAAAAGGCUGCAAAAGCUGCGAAUGCAGCACGUCUCUAUCCUUUAAACCAACCAACAUCCGAUGCAGACAAUGGAGGUUCCCAGUCACCCCUACCAUCUCCGAAGGAAUCAGGUAGGGCGGAAAUUAUUGCGGCCGAUGCCAUGCACACCAUACGGCCUAGUGAGGAUCCCUUAAGGGAUGACGAGAAGGAACUCGACAAUUUCAACGUUGUUGGAGCCCAGACUGGCUUGUCGCCGGCUUAUGAAUAUGAUGGGAGAUCGCCAUCAGUAAAGAGCAAGAGCCCACAGGGAAGACGGCGUCCUGGACUGAGUGCUCCUUCUAUUGCAUCCAUUGCCUCUCGACAGGUCUCGGCAUCUGUCGCUUCUCGACAGGUCUCGAACGACAUGGCUCGAAUAGCUAGUCAGUCUCACUCUCCGCCUCGCAAUUUGGAUGAGGAGGCUCAACGGGGAUGA